UUUUCAAAUUUCAUUUUGAAGCAUAUUCCUCCUAUACACGGAGAAGAACAGAGACCACACAACAAGCCCUACCGGCAACGAAGAGAUGGAAGCGGAGAAGUUUCUAAAACCGGUGCUUCAGAAACCACCUGGCUACCGUGAGCCUCACGCGCCUCUUGAAACUCCUAACACAUCAUCACGUCGCCGCCCGCCUAAGCAUAUGAUCCCGCCGUCUUUUUACCCGGAGAAGAAGAGACGAUGGAGUCGCUGCCGCGUCUUCUGCUGCAGCUGCUGCAUCACCGUCGCAAUCGUCAUCCUCCUCUUGGUCCUCACCGUCUCCGUCUUCUUCCUCAGGUACAGCCCGAGACUCCCCGUCGUACGCCUCGCCUCCUUCCGCGUCACGGACUUCAACUUUUCCCGCGGGAAAGCCGACGACGGAUUAUCGCAACUCACGGCGAAGACCACGGCGAAGCUCGACUUCAGAAACCCGAACGGGAAGCUAAGGUACUACUACGGAGACGCUGACGUGGCGGUGACUGUAGGAGACGGCGAUUUUGAGACGAGCUUAGGGUCAAUGAAAGUCAAAGGCUUUGUGGAGAAGCCGGGGAAUCGGACGGUCGUGAUCGUUCCGAUCAACGUGAAGGGACAGCAGGUGGAUGAUCUGACGGUUAAGAGGCUUCGAGCGGAGAUGAAGAGUAAGAAGUUGGUGGUGAAAGUGACAGUUAAGACGAAGGUGGGGUUGGCUGUGGGAAGGCGUACGAUUGUUACAGUGGGGAUUAGUCUCUGUUGCGGUGGCGUUACAUUACAGACGCUUGAUAAACAGAUGGCUAAAUGCACCAUCACAAUGCUUAAAUGGAUUACAUUGCACUCAUAGUAAUGAUGAUGGAUGUGUAUCAUUUUCAUCGACGUUUCAAGCGCUGUACGUCGCCAAAGUCUCAGUUUCACAAAUGACCACUCUGUAUUCUUUUUAUCCUCCUUAUUUUUACUUUUAAGCAUAUGAUUUUAUUUUUUGUCAUGCUUUAAGCAUUUGAUUGUGAUCCAAUAUUCAACCAUUUUGAAUACUAUUUAUUUAUAAAUAGUAUCUUAGAGUUAGUGGUUCUCCACGUAUUUGUUUUCUUGUAAUGGAUAUAGAGAAAUGAUUUUGCUACACAACCAUAGCGCAUGGAGUAAUCUUGAGGUACAAUAAACCAUGUUUGUUGUCUAUCCCACAGUGGCACAAUGCAUACACAAAGAGAACAUGAAACACCGACUAGCAGCACACAACAUGAACUUAAUUAUUCAAACUAAUCCACAAGUUACCAAUAAAAGUGAUAACUCAAUACCAAAAGACCCAACAAAAACCUGUAAAACACAAGCUCCA